GAGAAUGUGUGUGUGUGUGUGUGUGUGUAUUAGCAGUGGUGUUAGUGGGCUGAGUGCAUGUGAAAUGAGAGAACCAAGGGGGACUGUUGGGAGGUUAGAUGAACCAGGAUGGGUUUAGUAUGGUGUGUGUGUGAUAGCAAAGACAGACAGACAUUGAUCACACAUUUCUCCUCACUUGCCAUCCAUCACAGCCACUUGGAAAUCAACACUGCACCUUACUAAAAUAAAUAUGUUGAUAAAUAUACGUUUGUAGUUAAGAUGAAGCUUUCCCCCAAAGCAUGUCCCUUACAUUGUGAAUUUCAAGGAAAUAUAGUAUGUAUGGAGACACAAGUUAAAUGCAAAAUUAACGGGAAUUAGUGAGAAGAAGAGUUUUUUCAUUCAAAAACAUGUAUUUGAUCUCACAGAUUCAUACAUUUAUUUAAUCUUCAACGAUUUAAAUUUAAUUUACACGUCUUUUCUCUUUUGUUGAUUACAUGUUAUUUCUUUGUCUCGUUCUUCAUUUUUUGCAGCAGACAAAACUUUAACAAACGAAGUGAAUACUUAUUUUUUAAAGGAAUUUUGGUGCUUCAGAGGAAACAGCUGCAUUGGAGAGGCUUGGUAUGGUUUGUAAAUAAAUAAUUUAAAGCCCCUUUUAGCCUGCCUCUCUGCUAUCCACAGCUUCUGAUUUAACAGGGCACACCAACAGAUCACCGACGAAAGACCAAUCCAAAUACCAUUGGAAUUGCAAACAUUCUGAUAAACUCGGGUAAAAAGUAAUUUUAUUAACAAUGGUGCAUCUUUAGAUGUUUUUUGUUUUGUUUUACAGCAGUAAAAAGUUAUUAUUAUUAAAGAUGAAACUACAUACGCGUUCUCUUUUCUGGUAUCGAUUGGCCGGGUCUAGCGAAACCCAACUGGAGCGUUGACGGUCUGUCACAUUUCACGCUGACACCAGGCGAACACUGGGCUCAUACACACAUUCAACGAAGCUCAGACACGCAGCUCUCUCUACACCAUCAACAGAUCCGCGUCAGGAGAACAAGUCGAGGAGAACACGUUGAAAGUGCACAUCAGCGUCUUCUGUGAGAGGAAACGAUUGGAAAGCAAAAAAGAAACAGAGGAAACCCCCGAAAGGAAAUGCCAAUCGCAGCCGCUGGACAGCCAACAACCCAGGAGCCUAGAGUGUGCCCCCGGCUGCCCUCCACCCCAGAGCCUGUCCCUAAAGGGGCUGAUUUAUUCGACGAGGCGGGGGCGGCAGAGUCGGCGGAGCGAACCGAGUUCGGGGGCGCAGAGGGGGGCAGAGGACACUCGGGUUAUACUUUCAGUCAGAGCGGCGCUAGGCGCUUUGUGCAGCCCGGAUCUACAAACAGCUCUCCGCCGCAGUCCCCAACAGCGUCUUCAUCUCUCCUCCUCCACCACCUCCACUCCCACCAAAUGGCUAUGGAGCCCCCAAGGACUCGAUCACGUUCUCGCUCUGGAUAUUACCAACAGUACGGUACGGCGAAUGGCACUGGAUUUACAGGCAACGCAGUAAUGGGACCAAACCAUCAGCACCAUCAGCAGCAGCAGUUACAUUCACAGCAUCACCAGCAGCAUCUCAGUGCCGCUUGCGCACCACUGGGUGCUCACAGCAACCAGUUGGAGAACCAGCAGAGAUCCCCAGGAGGUAACUCCUCUCCCAGCAUCCAGAGGCUUUCUUCCGUUCCUGGAGCGCACCGCAUCCCAGCAGCAGGUGCCUCUGGAGGAGCCUACCACUGUCACCCAGACCAUGCAUACGGAGAGGAGAGUGACAAGAGUGAAGAAAGUCCCAGUCCAAAGCGCCAGAGGCUGUCCAGUCAGUCUGUCUUGGAACAGCUAACCUCAUCCGCCCCACCACCAUCCACCCCGUCUCCCCCCAUACGCCCAUGGGAGUCAGGGCCUCCAAGUCGUAGACAGCCUCUUCCACACCCACACUACCACCAGGAGAGGUGUCUGACUCCAGCCCGGAACAGACGCAGUCCACCCGCAAGGCGUCAGCGGGGUCGUCUGUCCAGACCCUCCCGCCAUUUGCUGGCACACCACCACCAGCCCACCCAAGGCCCUCCACCACGCUUUUCGCCAUUGGAGCUCCAGGAUGAGAACUACCACCACAACCCCCAUCCCUCCACCCAGCAGACGUAUCCGACACACACACCCAGCACUUACGGACAGCCCCCGACAGCUGGCAGUGGUGGCGGUGCAGGGUCAGAGGAGCCCCGUGCUUUCCAUCCUCCCACCCUGUCACCACGGCUGCUGCAUCCAGCUGCUCACCACCAUCACCUCCACCAUCAGCAGCAGCAUCAUGCAGCACAGCAGCAGCAGGGAGCGCUGGUCCUGGACCUGCACGAACAGCUGCAGCAGAGUGUGCCAGUCUCCUACACCGUGACCCCCGUCCCUCCCCAUGGUCUCACAGCUCCUCUGUGCAGUGGUCAGCACCUUCCGCCGUCCUGUUCCUCGCAACAACAGGUCCCCACAUGCAAUGUAGUUUGGGCUGGACAACACUACCAUCCAAUGCUACAGGCGUGUUCAGUGCAGCAUUUACCAGUGCCCUACACGUUUCCAUCUCUGCUGUCCAGUGACCCUCAGUUCCUGCUUCCUCCUCCUCACCUCUCUCACCACGCACCUCACCUCACCGCACCUGGACAGUUCCUGCCUUUCCAAACACAGCAGCCACGAUCGCCUUUACAGACCAUUGAAAAUGAGGUUGAGCUUCUCGGAGAGCAGCUGUCAGUGGGCGGAGGCUUUAGCUACGCUCACCACCAUCAUCACCAUCAUCACCAUCACCACCAGACUGCCUCCAACCUGACGCCUUCCAACCCUCUGCAGUUCCUCUCACACCAUGACCCUCUGUCACAGGAGCUCUUCACAGUGCCGUAUCCACACUUUGUGCCUCGGCGAUUCACAGGCCGGCGUUACCGUUCGCAGCAGACAGUUCCUCCGCCACCCUACCACCCCAGCUUCCUGCCUUACUUCCUGUCAAUGCUUCCUGUGGCCCCGAAUGUGGCCCCUACCAUCAGUCUAGAGCUGGAUGUUGAUGAUGGAGAGGUGGAGAACUAUGAGGCCUUGUUAAACCUCGCUGAGCGUCUAGGAGAAGCCAAACCUCGUGGUUUGACGAAGGCAGACAUCGAGCAGCUUCCAUCGUACAGGUUUAACCCCAACAACCACCAGUCUGAGCAAACACUUUGUGUGGUGUGUAUGUGUGACUUUGAGUCACGUCAACUCCUCAGGGUCCUGCCCUGUAAUCAUGAGUUCCACGCCAAGUGUGUCGACAAGUGGCUUAAAGCAAACCGGACCUGUCCAAUCUGUCGAGCCGACGCCUCCGAGGUCCAACGGGACUCUGAGUGACCGCUGCCUCUUAAAGUCAGAAGUUACUCCACAGCUGGGACUCCCUUUGACCUCCAUGUGUCUCUUGGUUUUAUAGCCCAGUGAAAUCAGCGACACAUUGCGUGAGACCAGUGCUUCAUUCUUCACUCACUGUCCUCCAGGACACCUCAAUAAUACUUCUCACCUGGGUUUGGUGUUCCAUGGUGUCUAGACUCUCCCUUCACUGCCUCUGUUCACUGUACUGCUGGACUUCCUGGGCCUUCUGUACUGGACUACGACUCUGCCUUCCACUCACGGUUCUUUCCUUUAUAUAAAAGGCCUUUGCCUCACACCUCAACCUGAAGGUGGAAAUAAUAUAUUUGUAUUUCUUUUUUUUUUUUUUUUUACCCUUCAGUCUUUUACAGAAGGACAGACUGUUCAAAAAUCAUUAUUACUAACAAACCCUGAGUGAGAAUUGGCAGUCCAAAGAUUUGUAUUUGAUUUUUUUUUUUUAGUGUGGUUAUAAUUAGUUGUUCACAUCCUGGUUUGCAGAGUCCUAGUUAUUAGGCUUGUUAUAAAUACACUCACUUUUCUUGCAUUCCUUCUCAUCAGAGCUGUGUUUAUGGGUUGACAGACAAGAUGCUGGACACUGUCAAUGGUGAAAGUACAAUAUAUUUUCUCUAAUGUGUGUGUGUGUGCGCGCGCCCGCGCGUGUGUUACUGUGGUAUUUAUACUCUUUGCGGUGGGUACAGUACAAUGAGUCCCAAAUCCUUGGUUUCCUGUGUUAACUUUUGUUUUCCACUCAUUUAACUUUAGGACACGAGGACAUUUCCCUGAGGGUUCAAACAGAACCUGCUCAAAGUUUCUUUCUCUUUAUGCCACACAUUUAACACUCCCAUCACUACAGCUGCAUAUUUACACCAUUCAUCUGCAAAAUGUGACAAAGCUGAAAGAGCUUUUGAGUGAUAUUUUUCUGCUGCAGUUUUCUUGAACAGCCCAUUGUUGGAACAAAGUUGUUUAUUUUCACACCGUUUUACUUUUGCUCAUUUUUCAGCAUUUUGCAGUUGAAGACACACCUGUAUUUGUGUUGAUUGUUCUCAUGCAGCCUUUUGUGUCAAUUAAACAGUUCCAAAUACAA